UUUCUUGUUCUAGUUUCCUUGGUGUUGGAUUUUCGGGUACAAAAUGGGGAAGAAAAAGGAGCAAGUGGGGGAUAAAUCCAGUGAUGAUGGUGGCGGGAAUCAAAGCAAAGUUGGAGAUAGUAGCCCCAAAGCGUAUGAUAAGGAUACCAUGGCAUUCAUAUCCAUGGCUCAGGAAUUAAAGGAUGAGGGGAACAAGCUAUUCCAAAAGAGGGACCAUGAAGGAGCCAUGAUAAAAUAUGAGAAAGCUCUCAAGUUGCUUCCAAAAAAUCAUAUAGAUGUUUCAUAUCUACGGAGUAACAUGGCGGCAUGCUACAUGCAGAUGGGACUUGGUGAGUACCCCAGGGCGAUUCAUGAAUGUGAUUUAGCCCUUGAGGUUACACCAAAAUACAGUAAGGCACUGUUGAAGAGGGCUAGGUGUUAUGAAGGUUUAAAUAGACUGGAUUUAGCUCUGAGAGAUGUUAGUAGCAUUUUGAAGAUGGAACCCAAUAAUAUCAUGGCAUUGGAGAUUUCUGAAAGGGUCAAAAAAACCCUUGAGGAGAAAGGAUUAAGAGUGAAUGAUACAGUGAUUGAGUUGCCUCCUGAUUAUGUUGAACCUUCUUAUGCUUUGCCUCCAGAAAAAGCGGUGAAAGAGAAGACACGCAAGAAGAAGAGCAACAAAGUUGAGAUGAAGACCAUUGAUAAUAAAACUGUGGAAAAACAAGAUGGGGAGAAAUUGGAAGAGAAGGUCGAGGACAAUGUUGAGAAGGCUGGGAAGAAAUCUAAAAGAAAGGCCAAGGAGAAAAUUGAUGAGAAGAAAGCCGAUGUUAAAGAGGUUGUAGAGGAAACAAUUAAUGGUAGAAGAGAUGGUAUGCCUAAGAAAACAGCAAAACUUGUUUUUGGUGAGGACAUAAGAUGGGCGGAAUUGCCAAUUAAUUGCAGCCUUUUGCAGUUAAGAGAAGUUAUCUGUGACCGCUUCCCAAGCCUAGGAGCAGUUCUUGUUAAGUACAGAGACCAAGAAGGUGAUUUGGUCACAAUCACUUCUGACUCUGAGUUAAGAUGGGCAGAAACUUCAGCAGGAUCACAAGGUUCAAUCCGGCUGUACAUUGUUGAAGCUACUCCUGAGCAGGAUCCAUUCUUUGAGAAACUUCACAAAAUGGAGGUGCAAAAGCCUCCUGUCAGUAGAGCUCCUGAGAAUGGCUGCGUGUUGAAAGAAAAGGAAGUGAUAAACUCAUCUUGCAUUGAGGAUUGGACAAUACAGUUUGCCCAGCUGUUCAGAAACCACGUUGGAUUUGAAUCUGAUAGAUAUUUGAAUUUUCAUGAGCUUGGGAUGAAGCUCUAUUCUGAGGCUAUGGAGGACACAGUUACAAGUGAAGAAGCACAAGGCUUAUUUGACAUGGCGGGAGAUAAGUUCCAAGAGAUGACAGCUCUAGCGUUGUUCAACUGGGGAAAUGUUCACAUGUCUAGGGCAAGGAAGAAAGUUUAUUUCCCUGAAGAUUCUUCUAAGAAGCAUCUAUAUGAACAAAUCAAUAGUGCAUAUGACUGGGCAGAGAAAGAAUAUAAAAAUGCAGGAGAAAAAUAUGAAGCAGCCGUUCAAAUGAAAUCAGAUUUUUUUGAAGGCUUUCUGGCGCUGGGGCAGCAACAAUUUGAGCAAGCAAAACUUUCUUGGUAUUAUAAUGCAAUCAGCGGCAGUGCUGAUUCAGCAUCGUGGCCCUCUGCUCAUGUUCUUCAGCUUUAUAACAAUGCUGAAGAUAAUAUGGAAAAAGGAAUGCAGUUAUGGGAACAGUCAGAGGAGCAUCGCUUGAUCGAAGCCUCCAAAUCCAAGGAUGUCAAAUUACUCUUAGAUGACAUGGGAUUGGAUGGUAUGCUUAAAAAUAUAUCAGCUGAUGAAAUUGCUGCGCAGGCUGCAAAUAUGAGAUCUCAGAUAAAUCUGCUGUGGGGUACCAUGCUAUAUGAGCGUUCAAUUGUGGAAUUCAAAGUUGGGUUACCAGUAUGGCAUGAAUCUUUGGAAGUAGCUGUUGAGAAGUUUAAACUUGCUGGAGCUUCUCCUACAGAUAUAUCUGUGAUGCUGAAGAACCACUGUUCAAAUAAUACUGCUGCUGAUGGUCUAGAGUUCAAAAUUGAUGAAAUAGUACAAGCAUGGAAUGAGAUGUAUGAAGCUAAAAAGUGGCAGCGUGGAGUUCCUUCAUUUCGCUUAGAAACCUUAUUUAGGAGGCGAGUUUCAAAAAUUUAUCAUGCCUUGGAGCUUGUGUGAGUUUCUUCUUGUGCAAGUUGAUGGAGAAUUACAGAGCCAGUACUUCCUUACACUUCUUCGCUUGUAAUGCUAUUUCGUCAUCUGAAGGUGUUCUUUCUACUUGAAGAGUUCGAACUUAACAUUGGACUUUUGGAAACAAUUAUUCAUUUUCAUUAUGCUUGGAUGUUCAAGGCCAUAAAGGUCUAUAUGAUUUCCUUUACUACACCUUGGGAAGGUGGAGUUGCAGCAAUCUUUUUUAUGUGGUUCAGGCCAUAAAGGGCACUUUGAACUUUGAUUAUAGUUUCCUAGGGGUGAGUAGGAUAUUGAAUUUGUAUCAGAAGCCGUCGGAGAGUCAUGUAGUGUAGUUUAUUCCAUUUGUAACCGUCCACUCGAGGGAGUAUUGCUAGGUAAUUUCCUUUUGUAUUAGACUAUUGAUUUACGGAUUGCUACUUAUUGUACUGCUAAAUGUCAAAGAAAUAUAGAAGCAAAAGCCGCGGAUUUCUGUUCUGAUA